AUGUCUAGCCAUAUCAAGUUCGCAGAGCCCAUCCAGAAGAAAGGUGGCGACGGGCCUUCAAGGAGGGAUACUAGGGAAAAGGGGUCGACACAAAGAGCACCUUCUCCCGGAAGUGAAAUCGUCUAUCCGACAGGAUGGAGACUCGUGCUUACUACCAUAGGGCUCUUGAUUGGAUUUUUUCUCUCCAAUCUGGAUGUGACGAUUGUAAGCUCGUCUCUCACCAGCAUGACAGAUGACUUGAAAGGCUUUGAGAAAAGAAGCUGGAUCGUCACCGGGUACCUGGCCACCUACACAGGGUCCAUGGCAAUAUGGACAAAAGUGAGUGAUAUAAUUGGGAGAAAGCACACUACAAUUGCUUCGCUUGUUAUUCUGCUCGCAUUUUCAAUUGGAUGCGGAUGCGCCCACACCAUCAACCAACUUAUAAUUCUUCGAGCACUCCAGGGGAUAGGAGGUGCUGGUGCGUACGCACUGGCACUAUUAUGCAUCUACGAGAUAGCUCCUAAAACGAAGCUUCCGACAUACAGUGGUCUCAUGUCAUUUUGCCUCGCUCUUGCAUCUUUGAUAGGCCCAAUAAUCGGAGGCGCCUUUGCGCAAGUCUCGGCCUGGAGAUGGGCUUUCCUUAUCAAUGCUCCAUUAUGCGGUAUUGCGAUUAUUGUUAUCUUUAUUGCUAUGCCUACAAACUUCGGUCUCGAUCAGCAUACUCCGUCAUUUAGAACGCGAGCAUCGUAUCAUUCAUUUGCAAAUCUUGAUCUCGUGGGGUCAGUCCUGCUGAUGGCAGGCUCGUUCUUGAUUGUCGCUGUUUUGAACGAGACGAAUCUGGCAUUUUCAUGGUCCUCGGGGGGUGCAAUUGCGCUCCUCGUGCUAACGGGAGUUUCCUGGAUUGCUUUCUUUGCUUGGGAGUGGUAUAUUUCAGGAAUUCCAGGGAAAGAUCCCAUAUUCCCCAAACGCUGGCUAUUCGACCGUCCGUGGAUGGGUAUACUGAUCUCUUCAUUUGUCAUUGGUGUACCUUUCAAUGUUGUCAUCGUGUAUGUUCCGCAGCAAGCAGAAAUCCUGCUAGACAAAUCGCCGUUAGACUCUGGUAUCUACUUGAUUGGAUACUCGGCUGUGGCGGCAUUUGCGGCGGCAAUUGUGAACGUCGCCAGCUCUAGAGGACGUAUCCCAUUUGUUUACACGCUGCUCGUGGGCUGUGUAGUACACACUGUUGGCAUGGGACUUCUCUCAACCAUUACGACAUCACAGGGCUUUCAUGCCACGGAUAUUGUUUACGAGGCAAUUGCAGGCGCUGGCAUGGGGGUAAUAAUGGGAGUUUUGGUGCUAUCAACACCAUACGUAGUCGAAGACAGAGAUCUUGCGAUUGCUACUGGGGCUGUUGUGCAGUUCCGGUUCCUCGGAGGUGCUAUCGGCCUUGCCAUUGCAUCCAAUAUCUUGAACGGCCGACUGGCACAUCAUUUGCACGAUGUUCUGACAUCCCACGAACUGCAUCUGUUCCUCGAGAACGUGAAAUCUAUAGAACAUCUAUCACCACAUCUACAGGAACAGGUGAAAGAUAUUUUCGCUGGGAGUUACAGUACGCAGAUGCGUGUCAUGAUCGGAUUUGCGGCUGCUCAGAUAUUGGCAAUUUUCCUAAUAAUCAAGCGAGGUCGGCAGCUUGCAGCUGGAAAGACACACCCGGGCAUUAGUUCGGGGUAA